UUGUACAUGUCGCAAAGCAAAAUAUUGACCUACUGUGCGUGCGUUAUCGUUUCCAUGGUAACUUGGACGCGAAAAUAGUUGAAAGCUGACAUAUCCCACCAAGAGAAAAUGUCUGCCCAAAAGAAAGGAGGCAAGCUCAGUAAGGCUGAAAAGGAGCAACUUCAGAAAGAGGAGGAUGUGAGAAGACAGAAGGAAGAGGAGGAGGCUCGACUCCUGGCUGAGAAAGAGGAGCAAGAGAGGCUGGAGAGAGAGAGAAAGGAGCAGGAGGAGCAUCAGAAAUUGGAACUAAAGGACAAAGAUCGCAGAGAGGAUGAGCUGAACGAACUGCGUCAUCUAGUGGAAGAGAACCAGACUGCAGUCACCAAGUGGGAGACUGACUCCAGAGCGAAAGCCAAGUGGGACAGGUACAUGCGUUGUGACGGGAGUCCAGACCCGUCAGUCCAGCAGGAGAUCAACACCUUCAUCAACCUGUGGUGCGAGGACCCAGAGGUCCAGAUCAAACCGAUUCUAAAGGAGUGUGCCCUGGCGCUACGGCUGCUAGAGGAGCUGGAGGGUAUGCUGAAGGACCAGCCUGAACCAGCUGAUGCCCUGAGGUACCAGGAGACCCUGCUCUCCAUCCAGACUCUCAUCCAAUCCAAACUUGACCACAGCACUGAGGAGAUACUCAAGUGGGCCAAUGCUCACUCAGACAUUGAGACGGGGAACAUGCAGACAGUGGUCCAGGAUGACAUCAUCACACUGUGUCUGUGGGCCAACCUUAACAAGAACCCAAGGUUUAAAGGGUUCCAGUUCGAGGAGGUGGGACUGGGCUUUGAGCUUCCCAAACAGCUGGCAGUCAGUGACGUCGCUGUGAGAAUCCUCCACACCCACUAUGACCACUUGUCUCACCUGGCUAACCUGAAAAGCCAGAACCCCAACAGGAUGUCCCUGGGCCUGGGGACCAGGGAGGAACUCCUUCUGGAGGGAGCGACCCCCGUGGGGGAGUGUGGGGAGAUGGAGGGAGAUGGUGACAGGAGAGGGAGCACACAGCAGGGAGGUGCAGAAGAAGAGGUGCAGUCUGUCAGAGGGUCUGAAGGCAGGAAGAGUGCGGUGAGUGUGAUAUCUAUGAAGGAGGAGGGGAGGAGUGGUCAGAAGCAACUGGAGGAUGCGCAACAGAAGCUGGAGGAGAAUGGGAGUCAGAUAGAUACAAUGUUAGAGGGAGAUGACUCAGGUGAGGGAGACUCCACCCCUACCCCGAUGGACCCAGUGAUUGACAGCUAUGAGGGUCAGGUGGUUGACCUGCAGCAGUACACACCCCUGGGAGGAGUCUUCUACUGCGAUGUCUUCCGUCUGCCGCCACAGUCCCAACAACUCAAUGGAUGGGAGAUGAGAGAGCUGUUGGACACAGGGCUGCAGCCGUUCCCCUACCCCACAGAGCAGACUCAGAUCCAGGGCUCUGCCUCCAUGAAGCUGGAGGACAGUGGGGUCUUGACCAGUCCCCCUGUAGGGGUCACAGUCACCCUGCCUGACUCUGUCCUAUUCCUGGAGGACCCCCAGGUGGCCCGCUGGGACCCUGAAGGUCAGCACUGGAAGACCGACUGCAUCAGUGAGACGUCGUACGACCAGGCAGAGCGGAAGAUCUCGUUCAAGAUGGACUCCUUCUACGCCUUCACGCUUCUACAGGACUCGUAUGCCAACAUGCCGUUCCAGAGCUGGGAGCUCAGACCACUGGGCCAGGACUCUGCCCUGCUCACCAUCACCGCAGCCCUCACUGAAGUCAGCAUCACCAUCAAGGGCAGCAAGUGUAUGCUCCAGUCAGACCAGGAGAGAGGACUGAACCACAUCCUGGGCCAGUGGAUGAGUCCCUCUGGACUGCAGAAAGCCAUGGUCAGCGCCGGGGUCAACAUCUUCGUCAACCAAUACUCCGACAAAUAUGUCAGCGUAAACGCAAAGGACCCUCUGAUAGAACAUGCUGUGUAUGAACAGAUGGCCCUGCUCUCCUCUGCCUUUGCCUUCUCCUGGAGCCAGUGGAACACGCAGUGUGGCCAUGAGCGUCUGGUGCUGCAGGUGUGUGAGCACCUAGACCCGGUCCCGGUCCGAGAGGACUCGUGGUGUGUGUACCUACUGGGGGCCCGGAGGAGCCAAAGGCUGAGGAUCAAGGAACACAGUGAGGCGUUCUCUCCAGAGCUGGACCCCGGCAGCGAGUUCCACUCCACCUUCCUGCACAUGCUCCGAGACGGCAUGUCCCCCGCCGGACAGGAACGACGCUCUCACCACCUGUUCGUCGACGCCGUGCACAGACUGCUGCGUGCCACACGGCCUCUCACAUACUCCUGACUACAGUAGAUACUAAUCCCCCAAGCUCUGUCAGAGUAGCCAACAACCACAUAUCUAGGAUCAGAUGUAACUAUUCCCGAUCAUAACUUUAACCAUUAGGGGGAAUAUGUAUAUCUGAUCUUGUAUCAGGUAGGUUAGCGGCAACUUCAACCUACUGUGCGGAACACCGUGGGUAUGACAGACUGCUAACUGUGAACUUUAACCCUUACAACAGAUGGACCCUCAUGUAAAACCACAAAGCUUAUUUCUGUAGAAUAAAGUUCCUUUAUUGUGUAGAGUUUGACUCCCCCUCUUUGGAACAUACAAAAGUGGAUGAAUUUCAUAAGUGAGCACUUAAAGAAGUAGAGUAAAAACCAUUUGUAUGAGUUUGUAACAAAACGCUGGUUAUAACAAAGACGCAAUAUAAUAGAUACACACAUAUCCCCUAACACUAAUGCUGUCAAACGAUAAAUUAAACAUAAAAAAAAUGGCAUUUUAAUUGUUAAAAUGGUGGCCUCUUCAGGCAACCGCAAAUACCAUAAUAGAUUCAGAAGUUUACUAUGAAAUGUGUUUUAAAAAGUAAAAGCGGCUAAAUCCACUGUCCAUGAGCAAGCAUGUUGAUGUCCAUAGGAUGAUGGACCAACAAAUACUCAAAAAAGGUGUGACGUGAUUGGAUAGCAUGCGCUGAAGUCCAUUACAUGAUUGGACAGCCCAAUGCUGGUAUCCUCCUUGACUUGAUUGGUCAACAUUGUGCCCACAUAUACAACAGCCAGCAA